UUCAAUCUCGUAAAAGUUGCGACCGAGGAGAGAGUAGUAGAGGAGAAUGCCUGUGUAUUUCGUUCCUCUUGUGAUAUAAAAAAAGGGCCAAAAAUGAGAGCUGUGCCAACGUGGGUCGACAAAGUUCACGAUAGAGAUAAGGUAGAACAAUGCAUAUAUGAUCUUUGCUUCAAACCAGAUGGCUCUCAGUUGAUAGUGGCUGCAGGGAAUCGUGUCUUGGUGUAUGAUACAACUGAUGGAGCUUUAGUGCAGCCACUGAAAGGUCACAAAGAGUCCGUCUACUGUGUCUGUUAUAGUAAAGAUGGAAAGCGUUUUGCCUCUGGGAGUGCUGACAAGAGUGUCAUCAUAUGGACUUCAAAAUUAGAAGGAAUUCUCAAAUAUUCGCACAAUGAUGCAAUACAAUGCAUGUCUUACAACCCUGUAUCACAUCAGCUGGCAUCAUGUGCUCUCAGUGACUUUGGGUUGUGGUCACCAGAGCAGAAGAGUGUACAGAAACAUAAGAGUACCAGCAGAAUAUACAGUUGUGCUUGGACUAAUGAUGGGGUGUAUCUUGCACUGGGUUUGGCCAAUGGUGUUGUGUCAAUUAGGAACAAGGUUGGGGAGGAAAAGAUGAGGAUUGAACGCCCUGGAGGAACAAAUUCUCCUAUUUGGUCUAUGGCCUGGAACCCAUCUAAGGAUGAACCAGUAGAUGUGUUGUGUGUAGCAGACUGGGGCCAAAAUCUUUCGUUUUAUGCUCUCAGUGGGAAACAGGUUGGCAAGGAGAGACCCUUAGGCUUUGAUCCUUGCUGUGUCAACUACUUCAGCAAAGGGGAAUAUCUUCUUGUGGGCGGCUCCAACAAGUCCUGUCUCCUCUACACAAGAGAAGGAGUGAAACUUGGAACGAUUGGCGAGCAGUCUUCGUGGGUCUGGUGCUGUGCUGCAAGACCAGACUCUAACUUUGUGGCUAUUGGUUGUCAGGAUGGAACCAUUGCCUACUACCAAUUGAUAUUUUCCACUGUCCAUGGCCUGUACAAGGAACGUUAUGCCUUUAGGGAAAACAUGACAGAUGUGAUUAUUCAACACCUUAUCACAGAGCAGAAAGUAAGGAUUAAGUGUCGAGACCUUGUGAAGAAGAUUGCAAUCUACAAACAUCGGCUUGCUGUUCAACUUCCUGAAAGAAUUAUUAUAUAUGAACUGUACUCGCAAGAAGCCUCUGACAUGCACUACCGUGUCCGUGAAAAGAUCAACCAGCGUCUUGAUUGCAAUCUGCUUGUCGUCUGCACAAACCACAUUGUCCUUUGUCAGGAGAAAAGGCUGCAGUGUCUGAACUUCAGUGGCAUCAAGGAACGGGAGUGGCAAAUGGACUCUCUGAUUCGCUACAUCAAGGUGGUGGGUGGGCCAGCCAAUAGAGAAGGUCUCCUGCUGGGGCUCAAGAAUGGACAGGUUCUGAAAAUCUUCUUGGAUAAUGCUUUCCCUGUAUCCCUUCUGAAAGUGCCAGCAGCAAUUCGCUGUCUUGACCUAAGUUCUUCUCGGAAUAAGCUAGCCGUGGUUGAUGAGCACAACACCCUUCUUGUUUAUGAUGUCAAGACGUCUGAGUUAUUAUUCCAGGAACCCAAUGCUAAUAGUGUGGCUUGGAAUACUAGUUGUGAAGACAUGCUUUGCUUCUCUGGGAACAGCACACUCAACAUUAAAGCUGCAAACUUCCCAUCUCAUCAGCAAAAGCUACAGGGCUUUGUUGUUGGUUUUAGUGGCAGUAAGAUAUUCUGCCUCCACAUCUAUAGUAUGUCAACAAUAGAAGUUCCCCAGUCUGCUCCUAUGUAUCAGUACUUGGACAAGAAGAUGUACAAGGAGGCCUAUAAUAUUGCAUGCCUUGGUGUUACUGAUGGAGACUGGGAGGCAUUGGCUAAAGCUUCACUUGAAGGUUUGGAAUUCAACAUAGCUAAGAAGGCCUUCACAAGAAUCAAAGAUCUGAAGUACUUAGAACUGAUCCAUUCCAUUGAGGAACGGAGUCAUAAGGGAGAGGUUGACAAUGGCCUAUUUCUGGCUGAUAUCCUUGCUUAUGAGGGCAAGUUCUCUGAAGCAGCCAAGCUCUAUCGCAAGAGUGGCAGUGACCAGUCAGCUAUGAAUAUGUACACAGACUUGAGGAUGUUUGACUUGGCACAGGACUACCUUGGAUCAGAUGAAACUGUGGACAGGAAGCAGCUCAUCAAGAAAAAGGCAGAUUGGGCUCGAAAUAUCAACGAACCCCGAGCUGCUGCUGAGAUGUACCUGUCUGCGGGAGAGACUCACAAGGCUAUUGAUAUCAUGGGAGAAAAUGGAUGGAUUGAUAUGCUAAUGGAUGUUGGAAGGAAAACAGACAAAGCUGAUCAUCAGACACUCAGCCUUUGUGCACAGCAUCUCCGACGUCUGAAUGCUUUGACACACGCUGCUGAGAUGUACAAGAAAAUGGGAGAGAUGCAGAGUGUAGUGGAACUGUAUGUUGAAGUGCAGGACUGGGAGGAGGCCUUCGUCUGGGCAGACAAGCAUCCGGAGUACCGUCAACUUGUGUAUGUGCCAUAUGCCACCUCUCUUGCUGAACAGGAUAAGUUCCUGCAGGCCCAAAAAGCUUUUCACAAGGCUGGUAAACCAGAUGAAGCAUUCAGGGUACUGGAGCAGCUAACUAUGAAUGCUGUCAAUGAGAACAGAUUUGAUGAUGCUGGCUAUUACUUUUGGAUGUUAUCAAUGCAGUGUCUGGAUAUUGCUGCUGAGGA